AUGUCAGGCCUCCAUAAACAAUUCCUCAAGAAGAUAAAAGAACAAGAAAGGGCCUUUGGAUUAUCUCUGCUUUCUGAAGACCCUGAUGAAUCUGAAUCUAAUUCUAAUUAUUUCAGCCCAACACCUCAACCUCCAAAUGAACUAAGAACCGAUAUAAAUGAAGAGCGUCACGGACAUAUACGGGAAACAUAUAAUGAUACUAAAAGAGACGUGUUUCCGAUAGCUGAUAUCUAUACGGAUCCAAGAUCAGGUGUCCGAUUCCAAACAUAUUUCAAGCCGCCAUCAUCUUCCAAUGCACCCAUAUUCAUAUGUCACCAUGGAGCAGGUUCCUCCUCGAUGACAUUUUGCAAAUUGGCACAAUCGUUAGAUAACGAAUAUGGCAAGAACAACGAAUAUCCAGGAUUAUUCACUUACGAUAUGCGAGGUCAUGGUGAUUCAUCUACAACGAUUCCACCUGAUUAUUCGUUAGCCACGAUAACGAACGACUGUGAAUUUAUAAUAGAUGAAUUCCAUGCCAAACAUGCACUAAGGUCUUCUAUUUAUUUAUUAGGCCAUUCUUUAGGUGGAUCGGUUUUGACAAGCUACCUUGUGGCCAAUCCGGAUAAUGCCUACAAAUUCAAGGGUUUAAUCGUGCUUGAUAUAGUAGAAGAAACUGCCAUUAAGGCGUUGAGUGCAAUGCCGCAGUUCGUUCGGAAAAGACCAACGACAUUCGGUGACUAUCAAGAAGCAAUCGAUUGGCAUAUAAAAGAGUCACACCUAUUACAUAGCGAAGAAUCAGCUCUCGUCAGUGUCCCAGACUUGCUACGUGAAUGUCCAAAUGGUUUAAUUUGGAAAACCAAUCUACAAGAAACUGAACCAUUCUGGGAAACCUGGUUUACCGGUCUUUCGGAGAAUUUCAUAAAUUGUGGUAAAACCCAACAUAUAGCCAAAUUGCUAGUCUUGUCCGGGCAUGAGACUUUAGAUACAAAUUUAAUCAUUGGCCAAAUGCAAGGUAAAUAUCAGUUAAUAGUCUUCAAUAAUACCCAAAAUACGGGACAUUUUAUUCAAGAAGACAUACCAACGCAAAUAAGUAUCAGUCUCGUUGAUUUUGUCAGGAGGAAUGAUUCUCCUAAUGAAUACAUGAAGAAAGAAUUCGGUUUUGUCCCUAAGUGGGGUGGCAAGAUUCAUGAUUAG